UGGGUGGCCAUAUUCGACGCGUUGUUGUUGUUGUUAUUAGUAUUAUUAUUAUGAUAAUAAGGAUGAGGGGGCGCGUGGGAGCACUGCAGGACGGACACCCGUGGACAACAGUACGGAGUACACGCAAUAUCAACCAGAUAUUUUCAGAGAAACCGCCAGAAGGAGAACAUCAUGAGUCCCCUAAAGAUUUGACCCGUCAGGGGCCAUCUGCACGCCGGACUGGCGUUACAUAAACCGUUCUCAUUGUUCUGCUACCCGCCAGAUGCCGGGCUACUGCAGCCCACCGCACACGCCAGUGUAAUAUUGGAUACGGACCAAUACAAGUACUCGAUUUCACGCCGUCGAGAAAGAUACCGCUAAACGUUCAAAGUUUCCACAGCGAAACCGUUGUUGUCCAAUCAAGAUUCAAGAAGGACAUUCACGGUGGAAAGGGCUGACGGCUUGCUCUCCCCGUUUCGAGGCUAAUAACAGCACACAAGGAAACUGGCAAGCAUAUGAUCUGGCGGCCGCAAUACGAUCGCUACCAGCCGAAAUACCCCGCUGUUUUCUUGCGGCUCUAUUAGUUACCUACUCCGUACGGAGUAUGUGAUUAUGAAUCCGAAUCCUAUUGCACAGGAUAGAUAUUAUUUCCUGAAUUCCCAUGAAACCCGGGCACGGCGGUCAGGUUUUCCAUCAGUAUUUCCACCCUAUACCUUGACUAUCAAAUAUAGAUCAACAUCCUCCAAACAGUUACAAGGACGGACCCCAGCAUUGGGACUCGGGGCUUGGGGCAAGAUUUGAGAUAGUUGAACUGGAAGAAGUCUGCAAUACUCGAAACAAAAAGAAACAUCUCGUCAAUUGAGUGGUUAAGGGGGAAAAUGGACAUCCUGGAACCUAUUUACUAUUAUUAUCAUGCGACGAGAUAAACCCACGAAAGCCUUGUUUGUUCUUCUCAAAAGCCCCAAGCAGCAUCCAGCGCUGACAUUUACAAUAUCUCUCUUAUUUCAUCCAUCCAUAUGUGCGAACGGAGGAAGUUCGCGGUUUACACCAGCUGCAAUGUAACCAAUGAAUUUCGGUCCAAAUGUUUCCAUUCCAGUCCAGCAAAAGUUGAAACAUGCAAAUUAUGCGAGCAGCGGAUACUCGAGGAAGUUUCAUUUAACUAUCAUAUAAACUAUUUAUUCAGAUAGCCGCCACGUUUCAGUCAGGACUUCUGCAGCCCAGUCGCUCGUGGCUUCAACCAAGAGAAUCGGCUCAGUGGAUUCUUUGUUCGAAAAAUACCCUUCAAUAAUAUAUCUAUUCCUGCGAGAUUUUCGCCCUGAAUUACUAAUCAUAGCCUUAAUACAUGUUUCCACGCAGCAAAGGGUAAAAUGGACGGGGAAAGGGUCCCACAACAUCCCCUGAUGUGACAAAUUUUUCCGUGCCCUUGACUCUGCCAUCGACUGAGUAAAUGUUUCCUCUCAACUGAAUUUUAUUAUCCCUUGGACCCUACUACCCUGGAUGAGAUUUUCGCAGUUCAUCACCUCAUCUUUUCGGUGGAGAAGAAACCAAGAAGGUUUUCCGUUCGUUCGAAUGCGUUCCGAUUCCCCUGGCCUAGCAAUGUACGGAAGUAUGUACGCUGUACUGCAGUGUAAGGCCAAUGACUAGCGCCGGAAGUACCAGAGAGGCGGGCCGUUUAGCAACUGCGCUAAUGUGCGGUAUUCGCUGGAUAACCGGGGUUAGUUUCAGAAUUAUUUCCUUCUUUUAUGGUCGUUUUAUAUACGGCGCGUUUCUAUCUUUCUAAGGCCACAAAACAUUUUCAGGACAGAGGCAAAAAAGAUCAGACCAGCCAAGCCGGCGACUGCUUAAGUUCUUACCUUCCCUCCCCUUCACCUCAAUAUUCGCCCCCUGAUCAUAAUGACGAAACGCAAAACGUACAAAUCACGAUAAAGAUCUCACCUACAUGUGCCUAUCUAGCUCUAAAGCCGGUGGUGGUCAGCUCCUCCACACCGCACCAGAGGGGGACAGGCACAGCCAGUGGUGAAAAAGCGGCCUUAUUCUGCUCCACACCCCCCAGUUUUCGACCCACGCCUGUUUACAGAGUAAGUUACAAGGGUGGUCGAAGCAAAAAAAAAAAAAAAAAAAAAAAAAAAAAGUCACAAAUCUUGGAUAGCAUGAUCUCAAAAAAAGUCGGCCUUUUUUACCUGGGUGAAAACGGAGAUGUUUUCAUUUUUCCGGAGAAAAUUUCCACAACACGACGCAAAUCGACCACUGAAAACGAAAAAAAGGGCCGUGGUGCGGCGGUGCCAGCCUACUCCAUUAACAAGGCGCGGUUACAGCAUCCAGGGGGCCCCCAGUUUCAACCUUCAGAAUUGGCUGGAGACUUUGUUCUAGGCCCUGGUCUUCGCCUUUUUUCUCGCUUGGCACUGGCAGACUGGCUGGCUGGUCUCGUUCGAGAUAAGAAAGAGAGUCCUUCGUCCAUUGAUUAAUGAUGACUUGUUGAGUUCCUGCUUUUCGAUGAAUGUUUGCUUACCUCCCGGGCAAACCAAAUGAUGGAUCAUCGCUCCCCAUUCUUUCCAUAAUAACUAAUAAUUAUUAUUUUAUGAAAGCAGAGGAAAGCAGGCAGCAUUGACACCUUUGCUCGUGAAAGAGUUUUUCCUUCCCGUCGUCGCCACGGAUCCGAUCAGAUUAGCCUUUGGAACUGAACUUCCAGAAUGCCUACCGGAUAACAAGCUAGCCUUUAGCCGACGAUGAUGCAUGCUAGUCAUCCCUCGUAUUCCUUCCUUCCGAUUGCCAGAGGUGAUGAUGGUGACAUUCAAAGCUGUUGCUACAUGUAGGUGCAUACCAUUUUCAUCACAGCGAAAGAAUAUUUAAUAUGAGCAGACUAGUCUAUACUGCAGGCCAGUGAUAGUCCAAGCAAAAAUAAAAAAAUAAAAGGCCAAGCUCGAAAGCCUGCAGGAGACAGCAUGAACGCAUGAACUGGCACCCAUGCAUGCAUCAUAUCUCAUCAUGGUGUCGUGUCGAGUUCACGUUUUGCCUUCCUCGAACAUAUUUUUCCUUGUUUUUUUUAUCCAUCUGCUUGGGGCAUGCCUAGUCUCAGCUUUUCCUUUUUUUGAUUGCUAUUAUUAUGACUAUCAUUGGAGCAGUGCAGAGGGGGGGGAGAAUUUUGCCUGCUUACAAUACAAUAGUUAAUAAAUAAUAAUAAUUGAAAACCACCAGCUGAAGAAAAAAUAAUGCUAUGAUACUAAAAUGAAUUCUUCCCCGCAGGACUAAAUGACUAUAUUCGUUGAAAUAUUUGCCGUUCCCUCAAAGGUACGGCAGAAAAGUCUCGGGGAGCUAUCUCCCACUCUUUUCCUUACUGCUGCGUGAACAGGGAUCAAAAUUUCAAGCCAGCUCAAAAUAAAACUGAUUCAGCUGAUAGCAGCUUUCAUGAAUUUGAAAGGAGUCUACAAAAAGGGACCUGAGAUGUAGAGGAAUCAUUAAUCCACUGCAAGUCCAAUAAUCUGUCAACAAGGCUGUUUUGAGAUGGGGAUACGAUACUAUGUGGUAUAGCGCCGCAUGUUGCUUGAUUGCUCAAUUGCUCACUCAGUGUGAAAUGAAAUGAAUUGUCUUCAGGUGUGCAUGGCAUUGCAUUCAUGCAGAGUCACUGCUAUUGACAAGUGUGAAAUCUUCUCUUUCUUCCUUUCCCUCUUCUGAUGUUGCAUAACAUCUUUUGUUAUCUUCACAUACAUUUAUUUCACCUUGUCUUAUUCCUUCAAAUCUUACAAUCUACAGCACUACAGCAAGGCCUCAAGAUUUGGAGAAGGCAAUUGAUUAAUGAAC